AGGUUGUUCGAAUACCUCCGCUCGCGGCUCAUGUAGCGCCGCAACCAAUUUCAGCCCUGCAGCCUUGUAGGCGGCACUGCCGUCAAGAUCUUUAUUGCAAUUUGCGAGUCGUGCCGAUGUGGACAAUGGAUAUCGAGCAAUGCGUUACCUUCGCCCUCGAUGAUAAAAGCGCGGAAUCAACUGUCGAAGCUUCGAAGACAUCCAGAUCACCCUUUGGCAUUUACCAAAGGACGUCGGACGUUUCCGAAACCAAUCAGCGAGCGUUUCAAAAGAUACAUCGAAAAUUCAGUUCUGAUACCGUCGACCGUCGUUGCGAAGAAUAUUUCCAUGGCAAAGUCACCACUCUUCACGGACGAGCCGAAAGAAGCAUUAUCCGCGGCCCGUAGAGCUAGGGGAUUCAGAUUGAGGACCUCAACGGAGCCAGAAGACCUGCAGCUGAUCUGCGUUGAGCGGGAAUACUUUUCACUUGCCACUUGCCACCAAAGUACCUCGACAUGGCCACUCAUGCCGUAUCACUCGCAAAUUCCAGUUCGCCAGAAACGCAUCUCCGCAAAAUAUAGUGGUCAGAGAAAUUGUUGGGUACUCGCUCGGCUUUGCUAUUUACAUCCACGAAUCACGAUGGCGGAUGGCCGAGUGGGACAAUCAAUAGCGUGUUGAUGGUUGGAUCGACUGGCCACUGGGGUGGGGAAAUUACAUGAAGAAUAUUGGGAGGUUGGGGGGCAGGAAGACGGUACGAGCUACGCUGUUUAGUGGUCACGAGAACCACCACCGAACGGCGAACGGAUCUACUCGCCGCACGGGAACCUCCGAGACUCGGAUGCGAACCAACCGUCGUGUCCAUCGAGCAUGCUGCAAUGACGCAACGUUUGGCCGCACAACGGGACGGCAAGCAUUGGCGGCUAUGCGCGGAACGGCGGAGC